UUGGCUCAAGUGUCAUGGUGGCCAGGUUCUCUAUAUGAGUUAUGACUCUAACUUCAAGGUCCGCUACUGUGUUUCUGCUUACGUAUGUCUGCGGGUUGACAGUUCGGUCAGCCGUCGCGGUAUCUCUUGCACUCCAUGUUUCUGAAUCGUCAGUGUCUUAUGAGAGCAAGACGGACCGCAUCGACGAGCAAAACACGAGCGCGCAGCACAUCAUCGUGGACACGUUGCGACACUUGGCCGAGGAGUACGACCACCAAGGCGACCGCAGCCGCGGCAGGGUGAGCGCGUGGGUGUGCAUCACCAUCGUGGCCUCGAUCUCCGCGCUGGCCGUGCGCUGGUACUGCUGCACGACGGCUCCGUGCGGCGUGGAGCAGCUGUCUCUCACCGCCCGGUGGAAGGCGACAGGAAGCCCGGCUCGGCCUUCGGCGCGCCCCAAACAUCGGAGCUCGGGCCCGAGCGCGGACGCCCCCAGCGUCACCAACGACCGCCUCGUCACGCGAGGCGCGGGGCACGACCCCGGCGGCCACGACCUCCUCGCGCCCGGCGCGCGCGCGGCCCACAGCGCGGGGGGCACGGCCCCGGAGCAGCCGGGGAGGGCCGGGGGCGGCGGCGCCGCGUGCGAGGCGAGGUGAGGGGCGCGGGCGCGAGCGGAAGCGGCGCCCCUCCUCCUCCACCGCCUCCUCCUCCUUCGCCUCCUCGCCGCUCGUGUGCCGCUCGUGCGGCGCUCGUGCGCACAGCUGCGCUGAGGCCAGAUGCAUCCCGCAGUGUGCUCACUGACGCGGAGCCAGGCACUCUACGCCUUCUGCCCCGAGCUUUUCUGCGUUGCAGCUUGCUUCUGAGUAAGUGAGGGGGGCGGGGGCACCUCUCCGUCAGGACGUUUCAAAGCUCCGCAUUUUUCCUCGUGGGUUGGCUGGACGCAUUUAUGACCACUGAGCGGUGUCUCCCGAAGGGGCUAAAUGGCUUGCCUGAAGGCUGCGCAUGCGAUGCCUGAGAGGCUCUGCAUGCAUGCCUAGUGGUGCAACUGGCGACGUAUGGCUGUCGACUGGGUUAUGCCACCCUUGGGGGGGGGGCUUGUAAUCCAUUCAUGUAGUUGUGCGUGCGGCCAGCUCGCCGCUGCCACGCCGAGCCUUGCGCGUGGCAACCUCUGUUCACUUUUGCUCGGAAGGCUGGUCGCCCAAGUGACCCGCGGCGCCAGCAA